AUGGGGAGGUCACCGUGCUGCGACCAGGACGCGGGGGUGAAGAAGGGCCCGUGGACGCCGGAGGAGGACAAGCUGCUCGUCGACUACAUAAAUGAGAACGGGCACGGCAGCUGGCGCCGCCUGCCCAAGCUCGCCGGCCUCAACCGCUGCGGCAAGAGCUGCCGUCUCCGCUGGACCAACUACCUCCGCCCGGACAUCAAGCGCGGGCGGUUCACCGACGAGGAGGAGAAGCUCAUCAUCCACCUCCACUCCCUCCUCGGCAACAAGUGGUCCUCCAUCGCUACCAAGCUGCCCGGCCGCACCGACAACGAGAUCAAGAACUACUGGAACACGCACCUCCGCAAGAAGCUGCUGGGCAUGGGGAUCGACCCCGUCACGCACCAGCCGCGCACCGACCUCAACCUCCUCGCCGCCGGCGGCUUCACCAACCUCCUCGCCGCUGCCAACCUCGCCGCCGCCGCUGGUGGUCACGGUCACGGUGGUGGUGGUCCACUCGCCGCCGCCGCCGCCUCGCAUGCUAGCUGGGACAUCAACGCGCUCAGGCUCCAGGCCGACGCCGCCAAGUACCAGCUCCUCGAGGGCCUCGUCCGCGUGCUCACCGCCCCCGCCGCGCCCACCGUCGACCUCAUGACCCUCCUCGCCGCCGCCAAUGGAGGGGCGGCCAGCGGUGGCCACCAGCUGCUCGCCGGCGGCGUCGACCAGCAGAGCACCACCACCGCCAGCAGGGUCGUCCAGCAGUAUGACGGCAUGCUCAGCCUUCCGGCGUUGACCAGCGUGCCGGCGGUGACGCAGGGCAUGUCGUCGUCCAUGUCCUCCGCCUACUCCCUCUCCGGGCUCCUCAACGGCUUCGGCGGCGGUGCCGGGACGAUGGCCGCUCUCACCGGGGACGGGCUCAGCUCCACGGAGCACGGCCACAGCGGGGCCACCACCGGGAGCAACAUCACUGCUGCCGCGAUGCCGCCACCUUUGGCACCGGCAGCCGAGGGGUGUAAUGCCGGCAACGGCGUCGGCACUUCGUCGACCCCAUCACCGUGCGAGGAGACGCCAGCAUCGAGCCCGUUCGACGGCCUGGACAACCUCACCUUGGAUUUUGACCCCAACAGCGACAGUUGGAGAGAAUUGCUAGAGUGA